GGCUGUCCCAGUUAAGGCUUCCACGCGCUCAGUUCCGCUUGUCCCGUCCGCCGCACGCGCGUUGCUCUGUGGCACUACGCGAGCCCGGGACGCCCGCGCCGCUCGGUUCUGCGCCUACCGUCGUCGACCCUGCGUUUGCUGAAACCCUUGCUCCGUGUCCUCCCUUCUCCUCGGUGGCUAGCGGGGUUCGUAUCUUAGGCUCGGGUUCCGGGCGAUGGACGGCGGCGGGGGCGCCGAGGAGGAGCGGACAGCGCAGGAGACGGCGCUCUACGACCGCCAGAUCCGCGCCUGGGGCGUCGACGCCCAGAAGAGGCCAAGUAAAGCGAAUGUGCUUGUGUGUGGCAUCAACGGCACUACUAUUGAGGAGGUGAUUAAAUCAAUAUCCUGUAAGGGCGAUCCGGUCAAGAAUUCCUUCUAUUUUGAUGCGGCUGAUGGUAAAGGUGUCAUCGAGGAUAUCCCUACACCUUAUGCUAGCUGAAGCACUUAUCCGCCAAACUCUAAUUCUACCUGGUCCACUGGUCCUUGUACCCACUCAUUAGCAUCGAGCUUGUAACAACUCAUAGAUUAGUAGGCGAGGAAGUGAAAAGGUAUUAGUAUUUUGAUUACAGGACCAAACUGUGGCAUCUUCGGAAUUGUGUCGAGCAGAAAACAUAACAUUAUGUGACAAUUUCAUUGAUGAAGUCUGGAAGAUUUCCAUGUGCUUGUUGAGUGAUGGAAUGCUCUGUUUUUCCUUUACCCUUUGGUCGAAUUAGGUAGCAG